CCAAGGCUGGAAGAGACCUCGGCCCAGCCGUCGCAUCGUCGCAACAGUUCCAUUCACAUCCCUAAUCUCGUGCAGACGACCUUCUUCUUUUUCCCCCCAACACCCUCGAACCUCUUCAACAUAUAGUCGCAGUUUACACCCUCCUGCGACCACCAUGUCAGAUAAACCCUCUGCCCCAGCGUGGCAACGCGCUCAAUCGUCCGAUUCAGAAGAAGCAUCAUCGCCAGUCACAAGCUCGGAACAACACCCGACUUCGGAGAAAGAGGAGAACGAGAAUCCAGCAACAGACACAGUAGACGCAGUAGACGCAGAGGGCACAUCAGAAGCAGAGUCAGCGUUACCUGCAUCAUCGGAGCCCUCAGAAGAAAGGCACGAGGCAGCAGGAGAGAGUCAGUCACUACUCGAUCAAGCCUCUCGAUUCCUGGAAGAUCCUACCAUCCGGGAGGCGCCUCGGGAGAAGAAGAUUGAGUUCCUGCAGUCCAAGGGCUUCAGUCAAGAGCAUAUCCAGAAGCUAUUGGAGACGCAAGAAAACAAUGAUGCCCUAUCUAAAUUGACAACAGACGGGGAGAGAGCAUGGCCAUCGGCUCUUCCAAAACCAGCCGCGUCGACCUCACGCCCUCCACCCCAGACGCGCGAUAUCCCGCCCAUCGUUACGUAUCCAGAGUUUCUUACGCCAUCGACCAAACCACCACCCCUAAUCACGACUCAACGACUGGUCACCACCGCCUAUGCCGCUGGAGGCAUUGCCGCUACAAUGUACGGCCUAGCCAAAUUCAUCAUUGCUCCUAUGACACACAACCUUGCCGAAUCGCGCCAGGAAUUUGCCUCACACACGAAUGAUAAGUUGAACGAGUUGAAUACACGGUUGCGGGAGGUUGUUUCAGAAGAUCCCGCACUGAAGCCAAAGCCCAAUGUGACAGACAUCGUCGAUGACAUAUCCGAAGCGGAUUCCGACCCUACGGAGCUUUUCCAUCGCGAUUUUGGCACGCAGACUUCGCCAUCAUUAUCCCGCAGGGCUUCGGUCUCUUCAUCUGACGUUGAAAAGUCUGUCGUGGAUGGACAUGAAAAGAGAAUGAAGAUCAUAACAUCCCAUCUACAAGAGCUUUCAGCGACCCGUUCAAACGACGCCGCAGCAUCGGAUUCCUUGAAGACUAAACUGACAGAGCUCACUAGCUACCUUCAAGAUAUGAGCUACCAGAGUCAGUAUUAUUCGAACAUUGGGGGAUUGUAUGGCAGCACGUACGGCAUGCCGAAAACAAAAGAUGGAAAGGAUGAUCAAAUAGAGGUACUGAAGGGUGAUAUUAGAGCAGUCAAGGGUGUGUUUUUAAGUGCUAGGAAUUUCAAUCCACCACGUGCGACUGGCAAACUUGUACUCAAGAAAUACCGAAACUGCAUCUCUUGUAUUUUCCUAGGGAUCCAGCAUUCGCUCUUCAAUAUGAGCUUCGCGUCACACUUGCCUUUUGGCAAGUCUAAAUCGACCGAGCACAAAGAUGAAGCUUCCCUUACAACUCUCCUCGAUGCAGACCAAUGCGCUGAGCUGACUUUUCUGAUCGCCACAAUCACGGCCACGAUGAGGAAAUCGCUCCUAGAUACUUUCACUGCCGAAGAGUAUCAAACAUCCCCAAAAUCCUCUAACAUAUCAGAAGAGGAAGCCUUGAAAGCUGCAACGUCACAUCCGGGAGAUGUUGAUGUGGAAAAGGAGGACAAGCUUAAGAAAGAGAGAAUGGAUCGUGAGGAAGAUGCAAAGAAAGAAUUGGCAAAACCGGAAGUGCAAGAUCUCAAAAAGGAGAUGCUGAAAUACUUUGAUGAAUGGCGAGGUCGAGUCAUUCUUCGAGUCGGUGAAAUUGUGAACUCACGGGAAGAGGCCAACAGGCAGAGCAAAUCUGUCAACGACGUAGAGGUAGAACAAGGUGUCAAACGUCAAGAUACUGGACUCAAGAGCAUUGCUACCAUCGACGACGAGGGCGAAGAUGAAGACGCUGUGUUCAAGGAGCUUUACCCUCCCAUUUCAUCAACAUUGGCUCAAAUGGACGAAAGCAAACGAGCGCUUGUUCUACACUCACUUGUCUUGAUCCUUCUAAGCUUGGAACACUAUUCAGGUCACUCAAGACUUCUUCUCCUUCAUCUCUGCAGCUCGUUACAACUCAAGUUGAGCACCCUAAAGAAAGACGAAGAAACAAUAGCAAGAGGCCUCCUUGAAGCUGCCAACCAGCAGCUCAAUGCUGAUGCCGAGACCCAGAAAGCCAAUGCUGAAGCUUCGUCUUCUCGAAAAUGGAAGGUCGGUUUGGCUUCUGUAGGCGGCGCUGCAUUGAUUGGAAUAACUGGUGGUCUUGCUGCGCCUUUCCUUGCCGCAGGUAUAGGAACCGUAAUGGGCGGGCUUGGGCUUGGAGCUACUGCAGCCGCUGGAUACUUAGGGACUCUGGCCAGUUCUUCGGUUCUCGUUGGUGGCCUCUUUGGUGCGUACGGAGCACGCAUGACCGGCAAGGCAAUGGAUGACUAUGCAAGGGAGGUCGAAGAUUUUGGAUUUAUUCCUAUCCAUCAUUCCCACCGUCCACGUAAACUGGAAAAAGAGUUCCGACGCCUUCGAAUUGCCAUUGCUAUCUCGGGAUGGCUCACAGCCAAGGAGGAAGUUGUGGUUCCAUGGCGCUAUCUAAAUCCAACUGUAGAAGGGUUCGCGCUUCGAUGGGAACUGGAGACGAUGCUCAAACUCGGAAAUUCAAUGGACAGUUUCGUAAAAAGCGCAGCAUGGAGCAUUGCUAAGGGUCAAAUCAUCAAAAGAACCGUCUUUGGCGCAUUGUCUGCCGGACUAUGGCCAUUAGGCCUUCUCAAAGUCAGCUCCGUACUAGACAACCCUUUCUCGGUUGCCAAAUACCGGGCUGAUAGGGCUGGCGAAGUCCUUGCAGAUGCGCUCAUCAACAAAGUCCAGGGUGAAAGACCAGUUACCUUGAUAGGGUACUCGCUCGGGUCGCGCCUGAUUUACACUUGUCUUCAGACACUGGCCAAACGGAAAGCAUUCGGCCUCAUCGAGAGCGUGGUCUUUCUUGGAACGCCCGCACCAUCUGAUGCCGCUGACUGGCGUAAGAUCCGCAGCGUAGUCUCUGGCCGCGUAGUGAAUGUCUUCUCCACGAAUGACUAUAUUCUAGCCUUCUUGUACCGCACUUCUUCGAUUCAGCUCGGUAUUGCUGGUCUUCAGCCAGUAUUGGGGGUCCAUGGUGUCCAGAACGUCGAUGUGUCUGAGCUCGUCAACGGCCACUUGAGAUAUAGAUAUCUCACCGGUUCAAUCCUCAAGAAGAUUGGUUUCGAGGAUAUCGACAUCAAGGAAGUCGAACGCGAGGAAGAGGAGAUGCGUGUGGUAGAAGAGAUGGAGCGCAAAGAGCGGGAGAAGAAGGAGAAAGGGGCAAAAAGCGAGGACGAGGAAGCGAGAGAUCUGGAGAAUGAAGUCAAGAAGAGGAAUGAACAAAGCACUAUGGAUUGGGCGAUGGAGAAGAUGAAACUUGGCAGUAUCUGGGGAGGCCGUGGUAAUGGGGAGAAGACCGAAGCAGAGCAAAUGGCACAGAAGGAAAAGGAGAUCCAACAGCGCGAGAAAGUAGGUAGUACGAAGAACUAAGUGAGUAUCGUCGAAACUCACAAGGCGUCAAAUCUCAUCGGCGUUUAUGACAUUUACCACUCGAGGUUGCACCUAGAAUAUUGCAAUACAUUUAGCGAGUGCUUUCGAAUUGUGAUCUUAGUCUUUUUUAUUCAAGUAGAAUGUCAAUUAACUAUAUUUGAGGUAUAUACCGAUGGG